UUCACAGUGGGUAAUUGUAAACGUAGCUGAACUAUUUGAAUAUUUUGAAUAAUUAGUUGGAGGAAAGGAACAGUGUUCUGUUGUCCGGCUUCUAUCUAAUGCUCUAUGAGGACGAUGAAUCAGGUGCAGCAGAACAGGUGUCACCAUGAAUUCCACCAACAGCGAGGCCACUAAAAUUUCCAUGGAGUUGAAAGAUAUUUCUUUAAAGAUUCAAACACUUCAGGAAAGGAGGAACAUUAUGUGCAUUUUUCAGGAGAUAAGGAAUCGCACAAACCUUGGCCAAACAGAGGAAGCAUACGCCAAACUGCAGCAGAUCAACAUUAUUGAAAAUGAACUGAAACAACUCAGAGAGAGGCAGGCUGAACUCCAAAAACGAUUUAAGAGCACUUCAACUGUCAAAUGUGUCAGAUUUGACCAGAAGGAGACUGCUGUUCCCCCACCAAGACAGGAGGUAGAGAAGGAUGAUGAUGAUGUUCCUGAGAAAAAAGUUGUCUUUGUUGAGGCUCCGCCUUCCUUCCCAGCUCCUUCUGUGAUUCUGGACACGGAUAAACUUCCACCUGAGCCCAGCAGGACUCAGUGCCCGCAGUGUCAGCAGUUUGUAGUGACUGAAACCAGUACCUCCAUCAGCAGCGUGACCUGGCUGGUGUGUGUUAUGACAGCUCUGCUCGGCUGCGUUGCCGGUUGUUGCCUCAUUCCUUUUUGCUCCAACAAGUUCAAGUCCAUUACACACAGAUGUCCAAAGUGUCGGACGUCGAUCGCAACCCUGAAAAAGCUCUGAACGGGGGACAGACCGGCCGGGUUUUGCUUGUGGAGUCUAUGAAAGUGAAGCAAACAAGCCAGCAGGUUCUGCUGAAAACUGGAAUAACAGAGGCACAAAUGAAUUUAGACGUUCGUUCAACUGCUGGAAAAUAACGACUAAACAUAAGAAAUGUGAAAAGACAGACGUUGUACAAUGUAGCCCAGUGUAUUUAAGGAACUCAUUCAAAAAAGGGGAGCUUUUGGAGAAAACAAUAGACUGAAAUACAGAUAAACAGACCCUAUACACUGUAUAUAAUCAUAUUCUUUAAAUUC